UUUUUCAUAACCUCUAAUUUAGCAAAUUGUAUAAAAUAUUGAACUAUUUUAUUAAAUUAUAAAUAAGUUCUAGAUUAGUCUAUUAGUCAAUUAAAAAUUAAUUAAUUAAUUGUACAUAUUCCAGAAACUCUAAUUAAAUAAACGCAAUAACUCGCGUCUUACAUGUUAAGUUUUUCGAAAUUAAUUAUAAAUCCUCUGGUUGCUACUUUAGGAUCCAAAACAUUACUAAUUAAUAAGCAAAAUAAAUUAAAAUUAAAAUACUUGGUUAAUUAUUUUUCUACAAUGACAAGUGACAUUAAAAUUGGAACUCAUGACGGGUGUUUUCAUUGUGAUGAAGCACUGGCUGUUUUCAUGCUCAAACAAUUACCUGAGUACAAAAAUGCUUCGAUAGUACGGACGAGAAAUCAGAAAAUUCUUGACACCUGCGACAUUGUAGUAGACGUUGGUGGUGUCUAUGACCCAAAGAAGCAUCGCUACGAUCAUCACAUGAGAGAUUUCACAGAAACUGCAAACUCAGUAUUAAAACGUGAUGACUGUCCGUGGACUAUUAAAUUAAGUAGCGCUGGCUUAGUGUACUGUCACUUUGGCCACAGAAUUAUCAAGCAAUUGAUACCGGAAUUAGUCGAUGAGACAGACGUUCACAGUAUUUUUAAACGUGUCUACGACUCAUUGAUCAAAGAAGUCGACGCCAUUGACAACGGAGUCUUGAUGUUUGAUGGAGAACCCAAGUAUCGUAUUGUCACUAAUUUAAGCUCACGUGUCGCUAGAUUGAAUCCUGAGUGGAAUAGCGAAGGGGUUGAUCCUGAGGUUCAAUUUGGAAAAGCCAUGGAGAUGUGUGGUGAUGAAUUUAAAUAUUUCAUUGAAAAUUCUGCACGUGUUUGGUUACCAGCUCGUGAUAUUGUUCUUCAAUCUAUUGAGAAGAGAUUCGAAGUGGAUCCAAGUGGUGAAAUUUUUGAGCUCCAAACAUCAGUACCGUGGAAAGAUAGUUUCUUUGAGUUGGAGAAAUUACUGAAUGUCAGUCCUCCAAUAAAAUAUGUGAUAUUUAAAGACAAUAGUUGGAGAGUCCAAUGUGUUCCUGUCAGUCUCGGUAGUUUCGUUCCUCGGUUGCCUCUGCCAGAAGAGUGGGCAGGUCUGCGUGAUGAAGAAUUGACUCGAGUUUCUGGUAUCGAAGGCUGUGUCUUUGUCCACACCGUCCGUUUUAUUGGAGGCAACGAGACACGCGAAGGUGCUUUGGCUAUGGCACAAAAGUCGUUAAAACUAAAUCAAUUAAUGAAAUCUUAGUGAAUUAUAUAAUUAAAUUUGCAAUAAUAGGAAAUUACAUUUAAUACUUCGUAUUUUUUAUACUGAAAGAAAAAAAUCAAUUAUUUGUACAAAUGUUUAGUUAUUUAUAAAAUUUUGGUAUGUCCGCAAUGGAACAUUUAUAAGAUCACUGGCACGUCUGUCAAAUUUUCAGUAAAAGUUAAUUAACUUUUUACAUAAGUGAGUAAUUAUUGCUCCUGUUUAUAUUGAUACUUUUAUGACGUGAUCGAUAACAUAAACGUUUUUUACUCUUUACGAUGUCGGCAAUUAGUAGAAAAAACUGAAAAGUUAUAUUUAUUUUUUGAGCUUUGAGUUGAUCAUAACAAUAACUUUUAAUAAUUUCUUAUAAUUCUAGUAAAUGGCAGUAAAAAUAAACGGAAAAAUAUUUGUUUAAUAUAAUUUAUUUUUUCUAUCAAAAUCCAUUUACAAAAAAUCGACAACAGUAAAAAAAAGGCAUCAAUUAAUAAUAAUGGCCAUGGGAUUCAGCAGCGGCUUUAGCGACUUCCGCAAAGUGGGCAGCUUUUGCGUGAGCUACUUCCGGAGUGUCAACGACGUUACCGUCGGGUCCGAUUGGGGCGGCACCGUAUCCGUAACCGUGAGCGUAGGAAGGUGAGUAAGAGUAAGCUAGAGCACCGUAUGCUUGUCCAUGUCCGUAUCCAUGUCCGUAUCCAUGUCCAUAUCCAGUUUUAGCAGCUUCCUAAGAAACAAUAAUCAAUAAUCAGUUUGCGGAUUGAUCCAACUUUUAAAAACAAAAUGACUUUUACACGAAAAAAAAGAUUUUUUGGCGCCAAAAAUAUUUACUUGUCCCAAGAAAAUUUUUGUUUUCAAUUUAAGGUAAAAGACCUAGUACCCGAUCACUACUCCACGUAUUUGUAUAGAUACAUUUAGUAAAAUUUAGUAAAUAUAUAUCUACAAAUACAUGAGUGAUCGGGUACUAGUUCCCUGAUCGGGUACUGGGUCUCUUACCUUAUAAUGAAAAAAAUUUCUAAGGACAAGUAAAAAUUUUUUUAAGGAGAGUAAAUAUUUUUUGCGGGAAAAAAUUUUUUCUUCUGUGUAAUAACAGUAAUAAAAAUAAAAACAUACAUGAGCAUGAGCAGCGAGGUGAGCAGCUUUAGCAUGAGCAACCUCAGGAGUAUCAAUUACACGACCGUCAUGACCUAAUGGAGCUGGAGGUCCAUGAUGAGCGAUUGUUGGUACGUAGACAUGACUGACGUGUGGGUAGGAAGAGUGAGCGACCGCUGGUGCAUAAGCGUAUCCAGAGUGUCCAGCAUAUCCAGCGUAUCCGUAGCCAUUGCGUGCUGCUUCGUGUGCGUGAGUUGCCAAAUGAGCUGCUUUUGCGUGGGCUACUUCCGGGGUGUCAACCACACGGCCAUCGUGAGCCAAAGGUGCUGCCGGACCAUGGUAUCCGUACAAGUAUCCGGGUUUUGCCGAUGCCACAGCGACAAGAGCAACCAAAACAAU